AUGCCAGGCCUUACCAUCGGAGACUCAAUUCCUGACCUUGAAGUUGAAACUACUCAUGGCAAAAUCAAGCUCCACCAGUUCUGUGCUGAUAGCUGGACCAUCCUUUUCUCUCACCCAGGUGAUUUCACCCCGGUUUGUACCACUGAACUUGGUAAGAUGGCUCAGUAUGCUUCUGAGUUUUAUCAAAGAGGAGUGAAGCUAUUGGGUAUUUCCUGUGAUGAUCUUCUAUCCCACUUUGAAUGGAUCAAAGACAUUGAAGCCUACACUCCAGGUGCAAAGGUGAACUAUCCAAUCAUUGCUGAUCCCAGCAGAGAAAUCAUCAAGCAACUCAACAUGGUUGACCCUGAUGAGAAAGAUUCCAAUGGUAACCUACCCUCAAGGGCUCUUCAUUGUGUGGGACCAGAUAUGAAGAUCAAGCUGAGUUUUCUCUACCCUGCAACAACUGGUAGGAACAUGGAUGAAGUGUUGAGGGUGAUAGAGUCAUUGCAGAAGGCCUCAAAGUUCAAGGUUGCAACCCCAGCAAAUUGGAAGCCAGGGGACUCGGUUGUGAUUUCCCCUGAUGUGACUAACGAGCAAGCCAAGGAAAUGUUCCCUCGAGGUUUUGAGACUGUUGAUCUUCCAUCAAAGAAGGAAUAUUUGCGUUUCACUAAAGUUUGA